CUAUAGCUUAAUUGCGAGAGAACGAAGAGAGUCAAAUGAAGUACAAAUUGGAAGAGAAAUUGACUUUGACCGGAGCCCUGGUUUGCAACCUAGUAACUGAAAGAAAGCGGGGCAUGCUGCAUGCUUCGACUAGGUCAUAUAUACCCAGAGGUAUGGAGGGUGGGAGGCAGCUUUCCCAACAGCAGCAACGUGCAGCAUCGUGUCUUCCCCAAGUAGCCUCUCGCCUCUACUCCCCACGCGACCAAGACCGCACACGAGUGGUCAAGCCUCGACCAAGUAUCACGCCCAGCAAGCGAGGAGAAUCUCACACCACGAGCUGUAGAAAAAGCAACCCCAGCCGUCAGCACUGGAGAGGAUUUUGCUGGUGCCGAGCUUAGGGACUAGGGUAGUUGGAGGACCCCAGAAAGCCCAGCCAUGCGGAACGAACUGGAAAGCGGUUAGACAUCGAUUGUAUUUUACCGGGACGGUGGAUUGAUGUUCGGGUUGCGGGCUAGUCGCCGUAGACCGUCGUGAGCCGUCACCUCUCUGGAAUACCUUAACCAAAGCUUAGACAGGCC